ACUGCAGUUCGUUUCCGAGGCGGGUGACAAUCGCUCGCUUCAUCUCUGAUACUGUCGUUUUGCUUUCCUCCUCCGCAAUGCAAUGCGCCAUGGAGGAGCCACCUUAUCUUCAUCCUCCUCUGUUCUUCUCAAAAACCCAUCAGCUCACUUGGGCAAUAUCCUCCUCAUCGCCUCGCUCACCAAAACCCUAUCAGAAUCCGGGACUCGGAACCUUGAUCCCAACUCCACCCCCAUCUCGGAGCCCCUGGUCAACCAGAUUCUCCGAAAGAAUUCCCUUGACCCUUCCAAAAAGCUGGACUUUUUUCGAUGGUGUUGCUCUCUCAGACCAAAGUUCAAACACACUGCGGGCACUUACUCACACAUGUUCCGUACCCUCUGCAGCGCCGGAUUCCUUGAGGAAAUCCCGAAUUUGUUAGUUUCGAUGAAGGAAGAUGGCGUUGUCGUUGGUUCUGAGACUUUCAAGUUCUUGCUCAAUGCGUUUAUUCGGUCUGGUAAGUUCGAUUCUGCACUUGAGAUUCUUGAUCAUAUGGAAGAAUUGGGUACUAACUUGAAUCCCAGUGUGUAUGAUACUGUGCUCGUUGCUUUGGUUAGGAAAAACCAGGUGGGUUUAGCGUUAUCUAUAUUCUUGAAGCUUUUAGAAGCUAGUAAUGGCGUUGAUAAUGGGGAUUCUAGUUCGCUCCCGGGUUCAAUUGCAUUUAAUGAGUUGCUAGUUGCUCUUAGGAAAGCAGAUAUGAAGGUAGAAUUUAAAGAAGUUUUUGAUAAAUUGAGGGAAAAGAAGGGGUUUGAAUUGGAUACCUGGGGAUACAAUAUAUGCAUUCAUGCUUUUGGUUGUUGGGGUGAUUUGGUCACUUCUUUGAGGCUCUUUAAAGAGAUGAAGGAAAAGAGUUUAACUUCUGGGGAAUCAGGUCCAGACUUGUGCACCUACAAUAGCCUGAUUCACGUGCUUUGCAUGGUUGGAAAGGUGAAGGAUGCUCUAGUUGUGUGGGAGGAAUUGAAAGUGUCUGGCCAUGAGCCGGAUGACUUUACAUACAGAAUUAUCAUUCAAGGGUGCUCAAAGUCGUAUAGAAUUGAUGAUGCUAUAAAUAUAUUCAAUGAGAUGCAGUUUAAUGGUUUUGCACCAGAUACCAUUGUAUAUAACUCCCUACUGGAUGGAUUAUUCAAGGCAAGGAAGAUUGCAGAAGCAUGUCAGCUGUUUGCGCAGAUGGUUCAGGAUGGAGUAAGGGCAUCGUGUUGGACAUAUAAUAUUCUGAUUGAUGGGUUGUUCCGGAAUGGAAGGCCUGAGGCUGGUUAUACUCUGUUUUGUGAUCUGAAGAAGAAGGGGCAGUUUGUGGAUGCCAUCACUUACAGCAUCGUUAUAUUGCAGCUCUGUAGAGAAGGUUUGCUUGAGGAAGCUUUAGAAUUGGUGGAAGAGAUGGAAGCCAGGGGCUUUGUUGUAGAUUUGAUUACCAUAACAUCCCUCUUGAUAGGGUUUCAUAAACAAGGAAAGUGGGAUUGGGCAGAGAGGCUCAUGAAGCACAUUAGGGAUAGUAAUCUAGUUCCACAUAUUCUUAAGUGGAAAGCCAAUCUGGAUGCUUCAAUGAGAAACCCACCAAACAAAAGAGAGGAUUAUAGUUCCUUGUUCCCAACCAAAGGAAGCUUCAGUGACAUUGUGAAUUUAGUUGGCCCUGAUGACCAAGCAAUGAACACCAACCUGGGUUCUGAAGAUGAUGAUAGAAACAACAAAGAGAUUUCAUCAACUGAAACAGAUCAGUGGUCAUCAUCCCCAUAUAUGGAUCAACUGGCUAAUCAAGUGAAGCCAGAUGAACGAUCUUCGCAUCUGUUUUCACUGAAGAGGGGGAAAAGAGUUCAGGCAAAGCAAACUGAUUCAUUUGAUGUUGAUAUGGUGAAUACUUUCUUGUCCAUUUUCCUAUCCAAGGGAAAACUGAGCUUAGCCUGCAAGUUGUUUGAGAUAUUCACUGACAUGGGUGUGAAUCCUGUCAACUACACAUACAAUUCCAUUAUGAGUUCAUUUGUCAAGAAGGGCUAUCUCAAUGAAGCCUGGGGUGUUCUUAGUGAAAUGGAGGAGAAGAUUUGCCCGGCAGACAUAGCAACCUACAAUCUGAUAAUUCAGGGGUUAGGGAAGAUGGGAAGAGCAGAUAUAGCCAAUUCCGUUCUGGAUAAGUUAGUGAAGCAAGGUGGUUACCUUGACAUGGUAAUGUACAACACCCUGAUUAAUGCACUCGGAAAGGCUGGUCGCGUGGAUGAAGCAAGCAAGCUUUUUGAACAGAUGAGGACUAAUGGGAUCAACCCCGAUGUUGUCACUUACAACACACUCAUUGAAGUUCAUACCAAGGCUGGUCGAUUGAAGGAUGCAUACAAGUUCUUAAAAACAAUGCUGGAUGCAGACUGCUUGCCAAACCAUGUUACGGAUACCAUCUUGGAUAAUCUGGGCAAAAAGAUUGAUAAACUGAGGUACCAGAAGGCAUCUUUUGUGCGCAACAAUAAUGACGAUUCAUCCUGAACAAGAAAUUUGUUACCAUUGUAAUUUCAUUUUGUUUCCUGCAAUUCGAUUUCGCUGAGCUUUGUAGAAUUCAAUGUAAUUUGACUAAUUUCUGUUUGUUCUGUGUUAAUUCAAU